AUGAGCGACGACCAACCCUAUGUCACAAUUCGUGCUCGCCAGCCCGUAGGGAAUCUAGGCGCACGCAACGGUGACCCAUCUUCCGCUGCCCGCGCCUUUCCCAACCGAGGCCGCUCGUCGCACCGUUACAAAAAGGUGGAAGCUCUACUUCUUCACUGGGGCUCCGAUGACCUUUUUGUACUGCCAGAGCUGGAAGAUCUGGAAAAAUGUCUCAGCGAAGACUAUGCGUUUGAUACGGACAUCUUUGCCAUCCCAUCUGAGAAUUCGCAUCUUGAGCUGAUGAUGCGCGUUGGCCAACUGAUCAAAGAGCACGAAUCACCCGAUACGCUUUUUCUUGUGUACUAUGGUGGUCAUGCUAGAAUCGAUGAGUCGCGUCAAAGCACUUGGUGCGCGACACGAGAGUCGAGCUCUGCCUGGCUACAAUGGUCUGCUAUUCAAACACUCCUUGAACGCUCAAAGUCAGACGUUCUCAUUUUACUAGACUGCUGCGCAGGCGCAGCGAGCGCUACCUUCCCCACAGGAAACAGCAUUACCGAGACGAUAUCUGCGUCGAGCUGGGAUGCCAUCGCUCCUGAUCCGGGCCGUUAUUCUUUCACAAAUGCCUUAAUUGAAGUUUUGCAAGAAUGGAGAUCGCGAACCUUUUCUGCCGCCAUGUUGCACGCCGAGGUGUUGGCUCGCUUGAAGCAUCCUCGCCCAAUCGCCAUCAACGGCAAGCUCUUUGAAGCGCGGUCGACUCCGGUACAUUUCAUGAUGACAGCAAACCACAAAGCUCCAAGCAUCGAACUAUGCAGCACCAGGCCCUCGCAAAAGCUGCCCCCGUCACCGCCAUUGCCCCUAUCUCCGCCACGGCCGAGCAACGGCUCCGGUGUCGACCCGAUGGGCAUUACUCGAGGGCCCUGUCCGAACCCUAUACCCAGAGCGUCUGUGUCCAGCGAUCCAAACGAAGAUACACCGCAUGUGAUGAUCUCGCUGGCAUUGGAAGAUGACCAGAGGCUCGAUAUUAAUGCAUGGGAGCAAUGGCUGAGUGCCUUUCCCUCGCUUGCCAAGCAUGUCAAAGUUCAAGGAGUCUUCAAGAGCCACUCAACUCUGCUUCUUGUUUCCAUGCCCGUAAUGAUCUGGGAUCUGUUACCGGAAGAUCACGCGACAUCUUUUGUUGCCUUUAUCAGAUCUAACAAUCUUGCCAUACCAAAGAAUGCCCAGCAACCACCGGUUAUGAGCGCUGCGGCGCAAGCUCGUCAGUCCCUAGGUGGUAGAAAUGACACAGAGUCAUUUUUAUCUCGCGUUUCCGGUACCACGUUUGCUGCUGCAGACCACGUAUACGAUAGACGGCCGGCAGAAGCACCCGGUCUUGGCCGCGGCUCUGCUGGGACAAUGACAAGAAACGAACAGCCUUCUGGCUAUCCAAUAGCAUCUAGUGCUUCCGGAUCACCAGUUCUGUCCUCACAGGGUGGCCCGAUUGUCCAGCCGCUUCGAACGGUGGACUCGAGUCUGUCUCUCCAGACUUUGCAGCGUCAGCCGUCGUCUGCAUCGCCCCUUGAAAGUUCUGGGAUAUCGAGACAAAUCAUCCUCAAUCAACAACAAGCAAUGCGCCGCACCGUCUUUGGUGACAAUGCCCCCGAACCGAAACGCUUUGCGAACCAUGUAGAAAGAAGACUAGAGGAAUACUACCAGCACGAGCCCUUGCCCAAUGAUGCGCAGAGCGCGAUGCUAGCUUCUAAUUUGGGCAUCGAAUUAUGGCACCUCGAAGUUUGGUUUCAUCACAGGCGCGAAAGCGAUAUCGUGUCCACUCGAUUUGCAAGUAUGAAACUGAAAGACCUGUCGCGCGGAGGCAGUGAUGGACCGCGCAUGAUCCUGCCCACCGCCCUUGCGGAGUUGCUGGAGCUGUCCUUGCCUGGCCAACUUUUAUCAUUUGACCUUCGUUCAGCGAGCGAUUUUAGCAAGUCACACUUGCAUGGAGCAUUGAACCUGCGUGCUCCGCAAUCCUUUCUCCAGAUUGCAUCUCUCGAUAUAAUUGAGCGAUGCUUCACUGAAGAGGAAAACCGAAAAGCAUUUGCCGCAGGACUGGACUGCAAAUAUGUACUUUUCUACUCAAAGGGCAUCGAUUCUCCAUCCGGCUGUCCUACUGCAUCAAUUUUACUGGACAAGCUACGAUCGAGUGGCUGGUUCGGUGAAGGAUUCAUAUUAAAGGGCAACUUUCGCGAGUUUAGCGUCUCGUUUGAGAAAUUCAUCGUCGGCGCCAAGGCAACCUCAGCAGCAAAGACUUGGUCGAACAGAUGGCAAGACGUAGUUCCUUCCGGCUCAGCUGAAAUCGAGAGCAAGAGGAGAUAUGCACAAUGGCUAGAUGCCCGCCGAGCAGAAGAUAGACAGCAGCUAUCCCCGUAUACAACAGAGCAGCUGGCUGAGCGAGCAGAGCGUCUUGAGUCCCAAGAGCGUGAGCUCGAGGCCGAGUUCAGAGAGCAGCACAACGACUUGUAUCGAAAAGCGCGAGACCUACAGGCCGACUAUAAGGCAAACUCCUUUGGAGCAGGCGCCGGAAUGGUGGAAUAUUUAGACCGAGGCCUAGGCAAGCUACGAGGCGAGCUGGCGCAUGAGCCGGCACACCCAAGUCCCUACCAGGACGCCGCCAGCUCGUCUAAGACGCACGCCGACGAUUACGUGGGCAAAGUGUAUCGCGCUGCUUCGGAAGAGACGGACGGCUACGUGGAGGUUCCCAGGGCAAGCGAUGUCCGACCAGUGCCAGGCGGACGUCCGCCGUCCAAGACGGGAGCCCAGCAGGAAGAUGUGGCGCGCCGUGGCCGGAGCGGUGGCGGUGGACUGCUUACUAAGGUAUUUCGACGAUCUUGA